CUUAUUGAAAACACUAUUUUGUUGUCUUUUUUACGAGUUUUUGUUUUUAUUUCGCAAAUAUUUACCACUUUUUUAUCGCUAAAGUUUUGUCCCAUUUGUGGCCAUUAUUUGUCCGCCGUUUCCAUUGUCUGUCACUCGUAAUUGUUUUUGUCGCUAAUUAUUGGAUCAAUCGAUGGCCGCCUCUUCGCAGGAGAAACUCAAUUUAGGCAAUGAUAUCAAGAGAGCCGUCGAUCUGUUGUCUAAACUCCAGAAGACUGAAUACAACGCUUGGAUUCAGAGCGAUGUUUCGGUGCAGAAGUUGUCGGCGUUGCAGAAAGUUCUCGAGAGUGACUUCUUUAACGCCAUCCGCGAAGUGUACGAACGGGUCUACGAGACGGUUGACAUCACCGGCAGUCCCGACAUCAGAGCGUCGGCCACAGCCAAAGCCACUGUCGCUGUGUUCGCCGCAUCCGAAGGCCAUUCACACCCGCGAGUCAUUGAAUUGCCCAAAACGGAAGAGGGCUUAGGCUUUAAUGUGAUGGGCGGUCGCGAACAGAACUCUCCCAUUUAUAUCUCACGUAUAAUACCGGAAGGAGUGGCCGAUAGACAGGGAGGUCUGCGACGCGGGGAUCAACUCAUUUCGGUGAAUGGCGUCAACGUUGAGGGAGAGAAUCACGAGAAGGCUGUGGAACUGCUGAAGGCGGCGGUCGGCAAAGUGUCUCUUGUGGUCAGAUAUACGCCCAAAGUAAAACAGUGUUUUGUUUGUCUGCGACGCGGGGAUCAACUCAUUUCGGUGAAUGGCGUCAACGUUGAGGGAGAGAAUCACGAGAAGGCUGUGGAACUGCUGAAGGCGGCGGUCGGCAAAGUGUCUCUUGUGGUCAGAUAUACGCCCAAAGUGUUAGAAGAGAUGGAAAUGCGUUUCGAUAAACAAAGACAAAUGAGACGAAAACCCAAUCAAUGA